AUGGAAUCGGUGUUAAAAGUGAUGAAUUAUGAUGGCCCUUUACAAAAGAGACCCCUACCUACAUUCAUAAAGAAGCUGUGGUUUCUUUUAUCCGAUUCUGCAACGCAAGACUACAUUUUCUGGGUGGAUAAUGGCCAGGUCAUUUGCAUACCGAAUGCGACUUCUUUCUCAAAGACGAUCCUGCCUAAAUUCUUCAAACACAAUAAUUGGCAGAGUUUUGUCAGGCAACUAAACUUGUAUGGGUUUAGAAAAGUGUACCAGCUAAACUUGGCCUAUGACGAAUCAGCAGAAAAGAGAACAGUUUGGCAAUUUAAGCAUGCUAGUUUUAGAAAAGACGCACCCGAAAAACUAUGCGACAUAACCAGACGUACUAGCAGGUCCAACAAUCAGCAACAAAGCUCACGAUCCCCUUCUCCGCCGCUGCCACCACUACCUCCUUCAUCGCCUCCAGCUUCCUCCUCGUCCAUGUUUAUUUUUUCAGCACCACCAUCAUCAUCAUCACCACCAAGAGCAGCAGCAGCACACAACGGCAAUUUUAGGCCAGACACCCGAAAUACAGGAAAGCAGCGAUCCUCAACAUCGUCUGCAUCGGACUACCAUGAACAAAUUGAAAUCCUGAACCAAAGGAUCUCUCAGCUGGAUAGGAAGUGUCAGGAAUUGAACAAUGAGACUAUCCAAUUACGGACAUUGCAAUUGUCUCAACAGAAUUCGAUCAACUCGCUUGUUCAACACAUGCAACACAUUGUGCAAAGAGAUCCAGAAUUGGCAAUGGAUAGCAAUCUUCAGUUUUCGUUUCAACAAAUGAUGCCAUCCUCUUCACAGAAUGAAGCAGAUACGAACAGCAAUCAAAACUACACUGGACCUGUCCUGAAUCAUGCAUUAAUGUCUUCGGCAUCUUCGUCAAAACCACAAUAUCCAGCAUCACACUUAUUUCCCCACGUCUCUUCCUCCCCAUCAUCGUCAUCAUCAUCACCGUGUAAUAACAACAAUAGUAAUGAGCAGUCGUCCACUGAUUCGACCCCUCAAUACUACCCUUCUCGACACAAUAAUCAACAGCAACAACAACAACAACAACAACAACAACAACAACAACAACAACAACCACAGCGAACACAGGGUCUUCCCCCUAUUUCGUCCUUGAUUGGCCAAGGUUCCACAAGGACACGCCCAAAUCUUGAGCAUCCAUGA